AUGACAUCAGUUAUUGAAAAGAGGUCAGAAAUGAUGAAUGCCAGCGAGGAUCUAGAAAAAUCGAGUGAUGGUUCAGGACCCAUCAAACUAGAGAGACAACACGGAGGAAGCAACAAUGUUGAAGAAACAAUUCCAGAAAACUUGUUCAAAAACAUCUGGCACGAAUAUUUCUUCAUUUUAAUCGUGACAUCCGCCCAAUUAAUAACCCAAGCAAACCUCGGAAACACAAUUAUGCCAAUCUACCACAUCUCACGAGGCCUCGGUGUCGGAGAACAUGAUGCCGCGAGUCAGAGCUGGUUCAUCGCUAGUUUUUCCUGUACUGUCGGCGCCUUCGUCUUGAUCACCGGCCGCUUCGGCGACCUUUACGGUUUCAAAACCAUGUUCACCAUCGGCUGGGUUUGGUUUGCUAUAUGGUCCCUUGCCUGCGGGUUCGCACCCAACGAAAUUUCGUUCGAUAUAUUCCGGGCGCUGGCAGGCAUUGGGCCCUCAAUCCUAAUGCCGAAUGCGGCGGCACUGUUGGCCAACGGUUGGCGCGAACAGGGGAAGAAGAACCUUGCGUUUGCGGUUUUUGGCGCAAUUGCGCCGGCCGGCUUUGUGAUUGGGUGCGCGACUGGUGCGGUGAUUACGGAGUGCGGUGGGCGGUGGGAGUGGAUCUUUUGGAGUAUGGCGAUUGUGGCGGCAGUAAUUGCAGUGAUGGGGUGGAUUGUGAUUCCAGGGGGUGGGAGGAUGAAUAUCAGGGGUGAGGGAGAUGUGGACUGGAUAGGAAGCUUUGUGGGUGUUGCGGGAUUGGUGUUGGUGUUUGUUUCUUUGAACGGUGGCCCAACCUUCGGCUGGAAAGCGCCUACUAGUGGUGUUCUAUUGGCCAUCGGGCUCCUCUCCCUCGUAGCAUUCUGCUAUAUUGAGACGCGGGUCGCCCACCCAAUCCUCCCCAUGAGCAUUUUCCAGUCGCCGGCCUUCGUUGCCGUCGCCAUAUCCCUCUGCCUCGGCUGGAUGUCCUUCGGAAUGUUUCAGUUCUACACGCCGCACUUUUUGAUGGAGUUCCGUGGGCUCUCUCAGUUAGAAACAUCCCUCCAGCUGCUUCCAUGCGCAAUUGUUGGCGUCGCGAUAGCAUGCAUGGCCGUGUUUAUGCUUCCGCGAGUGCCGGGUAUCGCGUUAGGAUUGGCAUUGGCGGGGAAUUUGGAGGCUGCCACUAAUGAUGGUGGCAGGGACAGGCUGAAAGGUUUCAGAGCGGCAUGGUACUUGGGGGCGGGGUUUGCGGCGUUGGGGAUGGUGAUGACGGCUGUUUUUCAUAGGGGGAUGGCAAAGAGGCAUAAAUAG